CUGUCGCAGACGCGUUUUGACGAUUAUAUGACGCCUAUAAGGCUGGCUAAAAAGUAAGGUCAGCUAGUUAGCGUGUUGAGCUACACAGAGAUGUGACUUUCCGUUGAUCCAGCCAUUUUCUAAAGACUAAUGUACUCCGAAGUAAGGGUGUCCCCCCACCUCUCCAUGUGUGAUCCCUGAUGGGCAGCUGGUCUCGCAGUGCCGUGCUGGAGCUCUACAGGGCGCUGCUCCGUGCAGGCCGUCACCUUCAGUACACCGACCGGAAUUACUAUCGCCGCGCCGUGGCUCGCGAGUUUCGCCGCUGCCAGGCCCUGACGGUCCCAGAAGAUAAGGAGGAGGCCCUGAAGAGGGGCCAGUUCUUUCUCAGCAGCCGACUGGGUGGGCUUAUGUAGGAGGAUUACAAGGCAUCUGGUGGUGGGUUAAAGGUCAUCUGGAGGUGCAUCUCCCAGUGGCAGGAUGGCGGGAGUGAAUGGAGACCGUAAAGGAAAGAAAGACGAUAAUGGGAUUGGAACAGCUAUUGACUUCAUGCUCUCGAAUGCCAAGCUUGUGCUGGGGGUGGGUGGGGCAGCCAUGCUUGGCAUUGCAACACUAGCUGUCAAAAGAAUGUAUGAUCGUGCCAUAAGUGCUCCCACCAGCCCCACAAAGAUGGAGCAGACAGGAAAGAGAAGCUGGGAGGAGCCUGCUUGGAUGGGUUCGUCCCCGAGGGUUUUAAACCAUGACAUGAAGUCCACACUCAGCAGGUCCCUGCAGUCUCUACCCACUUCUUCUCAUGCUUUUGAACCAGACAGCCUAUUUGGAGGAUUCUUGCUCUUCCUUUACAACUGUCUGCGAAGGGCUGCGGGUCGAGCUGCUGUGGGAAGAAGUGGUGCCACUCGGUCAGAUAUGAUGCGGGCCCGGAUGCGUCUGUCUUUGCAGGAACAUCUGUGGGAGUACUACCAAAAUAUUGUCAACAUCCCUGCUGAGGAGCAGGCCGUGGCCAGGAGGGCGGCACUAGACAUCUGUGCUGAGCUCAGAGUGUUUCUUCAUGCCAAACUGCCUGACAUGCCACUAAGAGAGAUGUACCUUAGUGGCAGUCUGUACGAUGACCUUCAGGUCGUAACGGCCGACCACGCCCAGCUCAUGGUGCCUCUUGUCUUGGAGAAGAAUCUGUGGUCGUCCAUCCCUGGAGAGGACACAAUCAUGAAUGUCCCAGGUUUCUGGCUUGUCCGCAGGGAGAAUUUGGAAUAUUUCCCUCGGAAUAACAGCUAUUGGGACCGCUGCAUGGUUGGAGGUUACCUUUCCCCUAAAUCAGUGCUUGAAGUCUUUGAGAAGCUGGUGGCAGGUUCUAUUAACUGGCCAGCUAUAGGGAGUGUCCUCGACUACAUCAUCCGCCCCGUGGUUCCUGCUGAAACACUGACUCUGGAGGUACAGUACGAGACGGACAGAAAGCUGUAUGUGGACUUCUUACCUUUGCUCGUGAUGGAGGAUGGAACCUCACUGAUUGCCAAACCACAUCGGCUUGCGGCAGAACGUCACGAAAACCUGUGGCGACAGAGCUUUCGCGUGGCUGAGACUGCAAGGCUCAGGGCGCUGGAUCAAGAGGACGGCGGCUGCCGAGGCACCUGCCUCAAGGUCGCAAAGGCCGUGUGCAAGCUCAACCCUGCCCUUCACAGGCUCAACUCCAGCCAGCUCACCAAUGCCAUCUUGUUGCUCAGUGAAAAAGAAGGUGACUGGACCCAGGAAGCGCUGGCCGAUCGCUUCCUUCAGCUGCUGCGAGAGCUAGUGGGACACCUGGAGGCCGGGAGGCUGCCCUGUGCCCUUAGCCCUAAAGUGAACUUAUUUUGUGAGCUGACUGAACAAGAAGUGGAUGAGCUAGGUUAUACCCUCUACUGUGCACUCUCAGAUCCCGGGGGGCUGCUGAGAACUGUCGCAGCGCAGCAACCACAUCCCUGAAUGGUAACCCUGAGCCAUGAUGAAGUUAAAGGAACAAACAUGUGCAUGGAAUAAUCCUUUUGUGCAACACACACUGUUUUGAUUAGUCAUGGCCUCCUCUACAUGCAGAGGCCUGUACACAAAGUAGCAGUUACUCAAGUGUUGGGAUCUAUUAAUAUUAAAGGUGUAUCUGUCGUGGUGAUCCAAAUAUUACUUUCAUCUCAGAAGACAAAUGAGAUCCUUUGGAGCUGAUGGCACUCACUAAAGCCAUUGUAUUAAUGAAGCCAAGAGUGGGUACACCAUUAUGGUACAGUGUUGAUUUCCUGUACAAGACGUGAAAGCUGUUACAUUUCAAUUCCAUUUAACUGGGAGGAGAAUAUUACAGACAUGUCUGAUGCAGGUCAGGAUUGCUAACUCAAUUUUGGGAUUGGGUUCGAAGAACAGAAUGUAAUGUUUCCUGUGUGUUUGCCAGCUCGAAAGUUAAUAAAUUGUUGAUUAUCCCCAAUGACUUGCGAGAAAUCUUCAUUAAUACAGUGGCUGCACUUUUAUUGUAUGCUUUACGUUACCUCGGGUAUGUGAAAACACAUCAUUAAGUGUGUGUUUGGAACAUCUGCUGCUUGCAUGUGUUAGUAUCAAACUGGCUAAUAUACACCGAGUUGUAUGUUGAUGUUUUACUCCACAACAUUCAACCAAGUAAACUCAUAAAGUUAGACUAAAAAUAGAAAGAGGAAAAUUCUGGGUAGUUUCUGGCUGAUGAAAUUCCCCAAAAAGAGAAGUAAAAAAGGAUCCACGUGAUGACAGAAUACAAAGCUGCUCUUUGUUUGCUGUUGCUUUUCUCCAGACUCACAUUUGCUGCUUUGAUACACAGGUCUGAUAUGCUUUAGUCUUCAUUUUGUACAUCUUCCCACAUUACUGUGGGAAGAUGUACAAAGAUGUUCAGCAGGACUUUCUGAAAGCGCUGUUAUCUGCCGGUCUUUGCUUUAAUUUUCUGUUGGUACUUUUAAAAUAUAUCCAGUAUGUGUUGCGUUCACUUGCUCAAUCUGUGCCUGUGUCUUUGUAGCGAGAAUGUUCUUUUGUCUGGGCAGUUUUUACGCCGCUCUCCCCAUUCAAUUCAUGAACAACAAAUGUUGUACUGACCCACAGAUUUUGUUUGUUCUUUUGGUGUAUUGGUCUCAGUAUUAACUGAAACUUCAGGUCUUGUUUGUGUGUACACAUUAAGCCCAGAUUAACUUAUAGGUGCCAAUCCAUGUUGUGUAAGUAGCCAGACACGGAUUAGAGCAGCGCAAGUCCACGUCAAGUGCGUCAAGAGGACGAGUAAUGGGUGUCAGUACUAUACUGUCACUAUGACACACAACACAGACCUGUUUGCUGUGUGACCUGUAGUGAGGCUCAUUGUUAGCAGUCUUGCCUGUCAGAUCGUCCUAUAUAUGACUAGAUUACAGGUGCUAAUCUUUUAGAUCAUGAGCUGAUGUGCAAGGAUCUAACUGCAGAGCUUCAUUUAUAUAACUGCAGCUAGAAUAGCCAGGGUUCCUAAAGUUAAAUCAUGUUAUGGCCAGGUGACAGUAGGUAGACUAAUUACAAUAGUUGCCACACUGGUUAAGUGGCAUGUUUCUCAAACAGUAUUCAAAAUGUCAUCCACAUAAUCACGACUGCUCUUUGCCAUCACUUUUAGCCUUAGAAUGAAGACAUGCAGUGAUAUUGAGCAUGUGUCCCCUUAGUCCCCAUCCCACUAUUUGUAUAGUGUACAUAAUGAAGGGGUCAUUUAUAGUUCUGUUAUGCAUUCAGUUAAUGAUCAUCCAGAUGAUGAUGAUGAUAGUAACAGGAAAAAAAAGGUGAAUAUUUUUGUAUUUAUUGUACAUUUGUAACCAAAAAGAGCUGAAUAUUUAUUUGCACUGAUGCAGGUUCAACAUGUAAAGUACUCAUUGUUGUGCUUCAUUAAGUGCUUUGUUCUGGAUGUAUGGAUAUAAAAUGACUACAGUAGAUCUUAUCUGUGCAAAUUGUCUUCCUUUGCUGACCUAGAUUAUGUUACAACUACUGUGCAAAGGUAAGGGGAGUCACUGUGCCACAUUUGUAAUGUCAUUGUAAAACAAAACCCAAAGUAGAUCACUACCUCUACCUUGUGGAGUGCAUAUUAGCCAUCAGCUGUGUUGCAUGCUAUGUACUUUCCCCAGCUGUUUUUUUUAAUUAUUUUAUUCAGCUCUGAAGUUGGAGAGUGCAGCACUUUGUAUACUU